CUUCAUUGUAUAUACAGUUUUUUUUUUUUUUUCAUUCUUCAUAUAUAAAUAUUAUUACAUUUAUUCCUUUUCUUUAUUUGUAUCUAUACAGCAAUCAUGGAAGACGAUAAACUUGAUUUUGGUGAUCUAGAUGAAUUUGAUACACAAGAAGGUGGCAAUUUGAACGACUCUAUCGAGGACUUUGAUGAAUUGGAAAGAGAGCUAGGAUUAGCAGAUGAUGCUGUUAAUUCUACUUCUGAAUCUACUACUGAACUAUUACAAUCAUCGACUGAAAAAGAUAAGUCUACUAACAAAACCGACUCUGGGACUACAACAACUACUACUUUGGCAAAAUCAACAACAUCUACAGCAUCUUCCGCUGGUAAUCAACGACCUAAUCGAAAUACCACCUUUUCCAAUCGAAAUGGAUCUGUUCGACAUCAACACAAUGGUUAUCGUUAUAGCCCAUAUCCACAACACUUUCCAAACAUGACAUAUCCAAACUUGACUUCUUUUAACGGUGUAUCGUUACCUGGAACCAAUAUGUAUGGACAAGGUUAUAUGAAUAUGCCAUUACCAGGUGUUAUGGGAAUGCCAAUGAUGGGAUAUAACAACAAUAUGGUUACUGGUUCUCCACAAACACGACGUAUUCAUGUGAAUCCGAAUUUCAAAGGUGCACGACCUCCUCAACUAAGCGGUAGUGGAAAUGAUGAAGUGGCACGAAAGGAAGAACAACAACGUGUUGUUGAAGAAUUACGGAAAGAACAAGCUCAAAGGGAUAAGGAUUCGAUUGCAAAAGAACUUCGAAAACAACGAUUCCAAUCACAUGAUGAUCAAAAGCAAGAACGAAAACGACCAUUAGAUAAUGAUCAAGAUACAGCAACAACCGUUCAACGACGAAAAUUGAAUCCCUCUGCAACCCCAUUUUCACCAAAAGAUUCUGGAAAAUAUCCAUCCAAUCAAGGAAUGGAUGAUGCUGGAAAUCGUAACUCACCUCAACAAGAAGUUAAUUCGCGUAAUACUGGUGGUUUUUCUAUUCGAGGUGCUGCUAUGGCUGCUGCUACUACUACAUCCUCACAACAAACAUUACGACAAGAUCAACGACGAUCAAAUACCCCUGGUGACAAGGUUUCAUUUGUCAAAAACAGUUCGAUCUUACAACGUCUUCGUCAUCAGCCCACAAAAGAAGAACCAUCCAAUGAUGCCCCUCCCACACCUAUAUUCGCCAAUGGCAAGUCAUCCAAGUUGAUUGUAUCCAAUAUCUCCUCUGAAGUCACUGAAUCAACCUUGAACUCUCUGGAACCAAAAGAUAUCAAGUCUGUCACUUUGAACCAAAAAGAUAAGACGGCCAUUUUACUUUUUGGUGCUAUUGAUCCAGCCGUGAAUUUCCGUCGAAAGCAUAACAGGGCCUUGGUGGGUGGUCAACAUAUCUCUAUCAGUUUCGCCAAAAACUAGAAUUAUGUGUAGUUUUUUCACUUUUAUAUACAUUAGUAUUUUUGAUUCUAUUUUUUUUUUUUUUUUU